AUGGACACCCACCUCAAGUCUCCCUUAUCGCCCACUAGAUCCUCAUCCGCCACUUUCCCAUUGACCCACGGCACCCCCGGCCCACGACCCAAUGACCCAAUCUCCGUGGAGCCGUUUUCAGCCAACGGCCAUUCCCGCCGACAUGUCCGUCGUACGACUGAGGAACACACUCCCGACACCCAGGAUACGCGCCGUGCACGAGAGCUAGGUAUCGACGAGACCGGGGCCAAACAGCCGAAACACAAGCAUAGCAAAUCACGAGAACUCCGUCUUCCGCGACAAAUGAGUCAUCUUGCGUCUUCGGCCAGUGCGCGGGGACUACUCCCUACGUGGUCUAGGGAGAAGGAGCGCGAGGGUGAUGAUGGGUUGUUGAGACCGAUUACGAGGGAGACUACGCGUUCCCGAUGGGGUUCCGAGUCGACUAGUCGCAGUCGGAAGGGGAGCCUGCUGGAUGCACCUGAGCAGCAUGAACGAUUGGGACCGAUUCGAAGACAGGAGAUUCAGUCUAUGGAUGAUCUGGAGCUGGUUAAGAAGCGGAGGAAGCAGGGCGAGGAGUAUCUCCGGUCUGCCCUCUCCUCGAUAGGAUCUCAAGCGACUGACGUCACACGUCGACUCGACUACACGUAUUACAACUUGUUGGAGAAGAUAACAGCUCUUAACUCAACAAUUGCGUCGUUCCAAGACCUUUCCGACUCUGCAUCUAAACUACUCAGCGAUUUCGAGCGCGAGACGGCCGGUUUGGACCAGGAGAUUCGCAAACAGAUCAAUGAUCUGAAGGGAUUUGAGCCGCAGAUCCAAAAGGUCGAUGCGCUGGAGGAGCGGAUGAAGCGAGGUAGGGAGCGCGUGGAGGAUCUGGGUAGUCGGCUGGACGCUGUCCGAGCCCAGACUGACAGCUGGGAGCAGAGGGAGUCAGAGUGGCAGUCGCGCGUUAGCCGUCGAUUGCGUAUCUUCUGGACUGUCAUGGGGAGUGCAUUCCUGGUGCUUGUGCUCGCCCUGGUGAUCCAGAACUGGCCUGCUCUCGUUGCAGAUGGGAACCAUCCGUUGCCGACAGAAGCAACAAACCAGUCCUCAAGCGGCGCUUCAUAUCAGACAUUUAUGUGGGAAUCUGCCAUCGCAGUGGAUGGCGAUAGUGAGGUCAGUCCAUCACGCUACCCGUCGAGUUUGGAAGACCGUCUACAAAGCCUCCAAGCCUCGAGCGUCACAGUCAGCACCACCCGGGCAGGUCCCGUUGCAGCGGCCACAGAAGAUCCCUUCCGAGUGUUGGAUGAGUUAUAA